ACCGAGUUUAUUUUCCAGUCCCCGACGCGAGCUUGCGACCGAGUGAGGGUAGCGAUAGCUGUCGUCUCGGCAACGCGUGGGCCUGCCGCUGGCCAGGACGUCGCCACAUUAUUCGUUGGCGUUCUGACUGUCGAGGACACCAGUAGUUGGGAGAUUCCGUGAGGUGUGAGAUCAGUGUUGUUUGGUCGAGUGCCACUCGAGUGCUAUUGCUUGAUGGUAACAGUUGCGCGCUCGGGAUAGUUUGCUGGCGCUGGUUGUGGUGCUGUCUGUGAGCUGCUGCGUCGAGUCGUAGCAUUGAUUAGAGUGAAUGACAGUGCUAGUGUUUGAACCACGCGGCAUUGUGUACUUGAAUGAGACACGCUGCGUAUUCCGUGUUGAGGUUGACCCUAUGGUAGAGUUAGGGGGUGCGGGCGGGUGGCGUUCUUGAGCGGCACUGGACUUGUUGAAGAAUGCGUUGAGGUCUCUGCGCCUCGUUAGCGCUGGACAUUCUAUUUCUGUUGGAUAGUUCCGGAGCGAACUGAGACUUUUCGAGAAGGAUUGUUCUUUCUAGAGUGUUCGUGGUGUUUCUCAUCCCAGAUUAAGCGUUCACAGGGGAAGUCAUUUUGAUCUCCAGAGGUUUUGUAGAGAUGUCCAUGCGCCACAGGGCAACACAGUGCCUGGGGAAGAUCUCCGACAAACCGCGAAGCCGUGCAUCCAAUCCUGCAAGCCCACUAUGGCCGGGAUAUCAUGUUCGGUCUCAUGAGCAUGAAGUAAGUCAACCCAGCAGUCCUGCUCCGUCUGUUGCAUCUGAGAGGCUCUCUCGAUCCCGAGAGACGGUCAAGGCAUGGCUGGAAUCCAGCCCAACGUCUGUGCUGGGCGAUCACCUUGUAGUCGGGAGUCGCACUUCCUCUUCACAUUCUCACGUAUCCUCGCCAGGCCGACCGGAGUGCCGAGCCUGCUCAUCUCCUUUCGACCGUUCUCGCUCGAACAACAUCUUGCCUAGGGCAAGAGCCAUAUCUCCUCCCAAGUGUCCGGCGAGUAGAAAUCCACAAGAACUGUCAAGAAUCGAUACUGGACGUUAUAGUGGUGGUAGCUUCCUCAUGCUCGCUUUCAAGAAUUCUCAACGACAUGGGUCGACAACUCCUCCUACAUUUCAGCACUCAGGAGCUUUUAGGGAUGAUCACCUUCAUAGUUUCACUCCGGAAGAAUGCAGCUCUCCGGGGAGCGAGUUUAGCUUGACUUCCGAAUGGCACAACAUGGUGGCUGCUGGGAACGCUGCAGGCAUGAGCACACGCAAUUCGUCGUCGAACACUUCGGAUUUCGAAAUUUCGUAUGAAGGUUUGAGUGGAUCCCGUGUUAACCUGAGUACCGCUACUUCCAUGUCUCGCGCCCAUCCGCAUGGGGCACGGAACACAUCUCGAACUCAGUCAAUGGAACUCCCACGGCUAGUGCGUUCAAAUGAACUCUCUGGAAGUGGCCAGUUGAAAAAUGACAAGUACACGGUUAACCACCAAUCAGCUCCUCACAGUGCUGACCUGAAGAGGACAUAUACUCGUCAGUCAUCUGUAAAUUACGAUAUCAGUGAUCUUCAUAGAAUGUCGAGGGGGGACGCUGCUUCUAUGCGAGAAGCGUUUGGGCAUGUUCCCAAGCAGAAAGUGCACAGUUCCUCUGAUUCGAAGUUCACCAGUCGAUUUGACAAGGAGGAAAGGGAACUGCAGUCCUUGGAAGAGCAACAACGAGCGAAAACGGCUGCCGCACUGAAGCAAGUCGAGUUGAAGUUGGAGCUCGAGCGUGCCCGCCUGAUUGAGAAAAUGAAUAACGAAUUGGCAAUGGCACGUCGGAAGGUGGAGGAGAAGAAGGCCAGAUCAGCCAUUGAUACCAAGAUCAUGAGACGUCCCGCGAAAAGUCCUCGCGGCUGCCUUUUCCUCGGCUGAAGUUCAUCGUUCUACCUCAACCAUGAGACUCCGAAAUCCUCCUCAACAUUACUGGCACCGAGUUCCACUUCUACAGUUUUGGUUUUUCUAGCAGACAAUUAACAUGUGUCGAUGACGUGAUAUUUUCACGAGUGUACAAUGUGCAAGGUUCAUCUAAGCGCACCCGGAGGCGAUCAGUGUCUUCAGAGGUGUCAGAAACAUAUCAUUCAAGAUUCUGGACAGCAUCCACAGGAAUUUGUAUAGUAAAGCCGAUGACACCUGUUUCAGAAAGUUUUGAUGCAUAGCCUUACAUCAUCAUUGUAGGCGAAUUAGUCGCGGUCCCAUUUCAGAGGUCAACAGUGGAUCAAAUUGAUCCCACAUAUUCUUCAAGGUUUUUGUUAGUCUGCCUUUGUUGGAGUCCGAGAAGCAAGUGGAUUCGAGUAAUCGACGUUCUGCAAUCAUCAUUCUUGGCGAUCGAUAACUGUUCGCUUCAAAUUUGUACUUUGAAUUCUGCAACUAAUAAUACGCGCAAGAGAUUUUGCAAAUAAAAUCACUUGGAAUUGUAUCUUGGAUUUA